AUGCCCAUGCUCGCCAGACCGGUCAGCUCGCAAACCCCGGAUGAUGAAACCACCCACUUUGGGUACAAGACUAUCAAAAGAGAAGAUAAAGAGAAGAUGGUUGGUGGUGUGUUCUCUUCGGUGGCCUCCAACUACGACUUGAUGAACGACGUCAUGUCCAUGGGUGUGCACCGCUUGUGGAAGAACCAUUUCAUAAAUCGUUUAGACGCUGGUAUGAGACCCGGAUCCAACCGUCCAUUGGACUUUUUGGAUGUUGCUGGUGGUACAGGUGAUAUUGCCUUUGGGUUGUUGGAACACGCCGAAAAGCGUUUCAACGACAGAGCAUCCACCAUGACAAUUGCUGAUAUCAACCCUGACAUGUUGAGAGAGGGUGAACUCAGAUACCAAAGUACCAAGUGGAACGAUGGAUCUGACAGAGUUAAUUUCUUGGUGCAGAAUGGUGAAACUAUGGACCAAAUUGAAGACAACUCCAAGGACGUGUACACAAUUGCUUUCGGUAUUAGAAACUUUACCAAUAUUCAAGCUGGUUUGGAUACUGCCUACAGAAUCUUGAGACCCGGUGGUAUUUUUGCCUGUCUUGAGUUCUCUCAAGUUGACAAUGCCGCAAUUGAUUACAUCUACCAAGCAUAUUCUUUCUCCUUAUUACCAUUGAUGGGUCAGUUGAUUGCCAAUGAUAGAGACUCUUACCAAUAUUUGGUUGAAAGUAUUCGUAAGUUCCCUAAGCAAGAAGAAUUCAAGGGAAUGAUCGAGAAGGCAGGAUUCUAUGUCCCAGAAAAAGGUUAUGAAAACUUGACCUUUGGUGUUGCUAGCAUCCACAUUGGUGUUAAGUUGUAA